CAAGUCAAGCUAGCCUGCUGCUGUAGUCGGAGCACAAGCAGCUCCCCGCAAGCAGCGAGAGCAGGGGAGGGACACCAGCAGCACCGCGCAGCCAGCGAAGGAGGGGAUAGAACCGCACAGCCAAAUUGAUGGUGGUGGACAUCUGAGAGCGAAUACUUCUGACUCAAAAGACGACACACACUCAAAAAAAACCCCUUCUACUGCACAGAGGCGGCCGCGGAUAACCUGGAUGCUAUGGAGAUGUCUGAGGCGUUAUCACAGCAGGAGCGACUCCAGGCUAUAGCGGAGAAGAGGAAGAGAGAGACUGAGAUUGAGAACAAGAGACGACAGCUGGAGGACGACCGCAGACAGCUACAGCACCUCAAGUCCAAGGCUCUGCGGGAGAGGUGGCUGCUGGACGGAGUGCCCUCUGGUGGGCCGGAGGAAGAUGCGGCCAAGAAACAGCUGCAGGAGGACGAGGACAAGCUGAAAGCCCUGGAGGAUGCCAUCACCAGGAUGGAGCAGGAGCUAGAGGAGUUGGAGACAGGUGUGUCUGCCACGUCCACCAAAGAGAAUCUGACAGACGACGCUAAAGAGGAUAAUGACAACAAGACAGCUGACAUUAUCGUCUCCAGUUCAGUGAAAGAGGUCAAAGUUCAGCAAAAAGUUCACCACAGCCCUCGCCCUCGCAUGGUGCCGUCAGGAGAUGGCUCAGAGAUGAUGAUGCGAGCAGCCAUGUACUCGGUAGAGAUCACGGUGGAGAAGGACCGUGUGACGGGCGAGACUAAGGUGCUCUCCAGCAACACCCGGCUGCCCAAAGACCUCACGCUGCACGGGGUCAAGGUCUAUGAGGAUGCCCAGAAAGUUGUGCAUGAGGUGCGUGAGGUGGACGGCGUGCCGGUGGCCAAUGGCGUGCAGCAGCUGAGCUCGUCUGAGGUGGAGGAGCUGAUCCUGAAGGCUGACGAGGCCGUUAUGCACGAAGGGGGAGCCGCCGACGCAGCCGGAGCCGGUGACGCCACCACCACCACCGUCGUGACCGUCGCCCCCUCCUCCUCCUCCGUCAAAGUCUCCGGCAGUGCGGAGGAGGGCGAGGAUGGUGGAGACUUGGGCACCAAGGUGGAGAUCACAGGCAUGGAGGCCGGCGGUGCUGGUGGUGGUCCGGAGGCAGUCGGCGUGGGCGAUGUGACCGCCGAGAAGCCCGUUACCAUGGUGUUCAUGGGCUACCAGAGCGUGGAGGACGAGGCGGAGACCAAGAAGGUGCUGGGGCUGGAGGGCACCGUCAAGGCGGAGCUGGUGGUCAUCGGAGGGGGCGGGGGCGGGGACGGCGAGAAUAAGACCCCGCCCAGCCCUGUGGCGGCAGCCGGGGACGGCACAGCCACCUCUCCCGCCACCGAGUCCACUAAGGAGAAGACACCGGCAGACGAGCAGGCCCCGCCCAACGGCAGCACAGCCGAGCCAAUCAAAAGCCCCGAGGAGAAGGAGGCGGGAGCGGCGGACAAGGAGACGGAGACCAGCGGGGCGGAGAUAACCAACGAAAAGAAGCAGCCGUGCAAGUGCUGCGUGAUCAUGUGAUCGUGUGAGGUCACGUGACCCACAGAGGGACCACUCUCCGCCUUCGUUUAUUAUUUUUUUCGCUCGCCCUCCACCGGGGGGCGCACUUGACUUUUCCUGAAAACAAACAAACAAACAAACAAAACAAGACAGCAGCCACAAAACAUGACAAAACAAACAAGAAACACAAGAAAUCAAAUAAUAAAUGUUCUGUAUCUUUUGAUAGAAAGCUGUUGUUCCCUACUUUAUUUUUUUCUUUGAUAUUUUUUGACUCCUGUCCCCCACCCCACCCCGAACCAACCAACAGCCAGGGCAAAUUUCUAGCCUUUAUAAAUUAUUUUCUCAUUUCUAUGAUUUUCUUCCUCGCUUGGACUUUCUUCUCGCAUUAUCUCUGGAUGCUGUUUGCCAUUAGUCUCACUCACCACUCACCACUCUUUGAUUCUUCUCUGGUACUGAUUGGGUCAAAGGUCACACCAAGAGACAGGAAGUGAGCUCCCUACUGUGGCCUGUGAAAAGGUCAAAGGGUCAUUCUCCCCCUCUCCCAUCAGAGGUGUCAAAAGUAAAAGUUAAAGUAAAUACAUAGUGUAAGUAGAAUUCUAGCACAUGAUAUUACAUAGCUGUUAUACUAUUUGUACUCCAUUUUACCUAAUGAGAUAGAUAGACCGUCUAAACCUGACAACCUAUCAAGGACCCACCAAAAACUUGAUCCAACCAGUGCAGUGUCAGCUGAUCGUAAGAUAAGUACAGAGGUCUACUGGUUACUCAGAUAAGUUACCUGUGUUGGAAGGAAAGUGUGUUUCUUUUUUACUUUAACUUUGACUUUUGUCACCUCUGCUCCCCAUAAACCCCCUGUCACAGAUCAUCUCUUAUACACAGCCAAUUUGUAUUAGUCUUACUUUACUUACUUUGCGUUACAAUGAAGGACAUAGUAGAAAGUUCUAUAUACAUAAUUAAUUAUAUAAUAUAUAGAUAUUGAUUAUUUUGAAAGAUAUAUUUAUUAUUUGAGUUUAUUGUUUUUUUUCUUUUGGAAGGAAUAUUUUAGUGUUUUUGUGUUGUUUCUGCAGCAGUGGGGAGGAGUGUUUGUUCUUGAGGUCUCGCUCAUUCUCACUCAAUGAGUUUCCUGUUCCUAACAACAGCUGAAGGAUAUGACGUCUGUGAGAGAGAGAGACACUGUGUGAGAGUGAGAGGUGAGAGACGUGUUACUCGGUGUGUGUGUGUGUGUGUGUGUGUGUGUGUGUGUGUGUGUGUGUGUGUGUGUGUGUGUGUGUGUGUGUGUGUGUGUGUGUGUGUGUGUGUGUGUGUGUGUGUGUGUGUGUGUGUGUGAAACAGAUAGAAAAGGAGGGAGGGAGAGAGAGAGAGAGAGCAAUUGUGUGUGAAGGUGUAUGUGCAAGUGUGUGUGCGUGUGUAUGUGGUUGGAAACAGUCACUAUCAUCUCCACGCUUUCAAAAUGUGAUAUUUAUGAUGGGAGCGGUGAGAAAAUAUUUUGCUUAUUCUUUUGGAGGGAGAGAAACGUUCCGAAUAGUCAUUAUUGUUUAGGCGAUAGUUUAUACAUCUCCAAUAUAUUA